AUGAACAGCGAGGAACGGAUUCGGUACGACCGCCAGGUGCGGUUGUGGGGCAAAGCCACGCAGCAGCAGCUUCAGCAGACGGCGGUGCGCGUGUGCGGGGUGACGGCUGCCGUGGCGGAGGUGGCCAAGAAUUUGGUCCUUGCGGGGGUGCGCUCCGUAGCCGUGGAGGACGCGGGUGCCGUGGACGCCGGCGACCUCACGGCCAACUUCCUCCUCCAGGGCCACGCCCUCGGCGAGGCGCGGGGUCAGGCGUGCGUGGGGCGGCUCCAGGCGCUGAACCCGUACGUUGCCGUUGACUUGACGACGGAGGCGGCGGGGGCCUCGACGCGCGGCACCGCCUUUGCGGUUGCCCUCAUCUGCGUCCGAAACCUUGACGACGCCAUGCUAGACGUUUGCCACCAGCGCGGCACGGGGAUCGAUUUGGUGGUGCUUGUGGCGGGGCUUGGCGAGCUGACGAUGGGCAUGUUUUUGUCAAAGCGACAGUCGCUCUCGUACGAAGAGCAGUUAAAGAUGUUGCUUGCGACAAAUGUCUCCCUCAGACCUGCGCCCUUUCAGCGGGCGUUGCUGCGGAUGAGAAUGACGGAAUGCCCUGAGGAGCUGUCGUUCUUUGCGCGGCUUACCUUCGCGAGGGACAUCGUCGCCCGAUACAACUUGUCACAACUCACGAGAGAAGACGUCGAGCAAGCAGCUAGUUUUCCGCUACGUGACCAGAUGGGUACCGCGAUUGAGGCGACUGUUGCGGGCGGCAUCCUCGCACAACUCAUUAUUCGAGAGGUAAGUUGCAUGAAAGAUGGACCGGGGGACGAAAUCUACAGCUGGGUUCUCUGUGACAGCAGCAAAGGCAUAGAUGUCCAGGUUGGACACUUGCACGGCCCCUAG